CAUAUGCAUAUUCAACACGCUGCGCUGAAUAUAUGAGAUAUAAGCCUGGUCUGGCAUUUACUCGUCGCUCACAUGUGUCGGUUGUGUGCUGAACAUAUUUUCAUCUAUUUAUUGUGAAUAUUUAUUAAUUUAUUAAUAAAAAUGAUUAUUUCAACGAACGAAGGCAAUCCAAACACGUUAAAGCUGAUAGUUGCAGCUAAAAUAGCUGAAAAAUCUGUUACCAUGCAGACGGUAGAACCAAGUACAAGUUUUCUGGGUCGUCUACCUGCUAUUGAAUUAUCCUGUGGGUCAGUGCUAUUUAGCACUAGUGCAGCAAUGCAACUGUUAGUACCUCUACCUGAAGAAUCUAAAAUUGACAACAACAAAUGGUUAGAGUGGGAUAUUUCUCAGUUACAGCCAGCUAUAGUCUCUUAUGGCAAUGUAACUAAUGCAAAUACAUCUGGCUUGUGGUAUCUAUUAAAAGAGUUAGAUGGUGCAUUAGCAAAUAAAAAGUACUUAAUUCAGGAUAAAAAUGAUUUAUCAUUGGCAGAUGCAUGCAUUUGGGUAACUAUAUGGUCUACUAUAUUAGUUACAGAGAUUGGAGAAGAACUAUGCAAACACUACCCAUCAAUUAAAAGUUGGUUAUCAAAUAUUGAAUUAUUACCAAUUAUUCAAAAUUCCUUGAAAGAAUACCAAUUUGAAAGAGGUGUUAAGGCAAUUCUCAGUGUACAAGCUGCAUCAUGGUUUCCUGUUAAUACUAUUAUGCAAUCUUCAAAAUCCUCUAAGCCAGUUCUAAGUAAUAUUAGUCCCACUAAAGAGAAGGAAAAAGAUGUUGAAGCAGUUAGUAAAGAAGAAAUUCAGAAUGUUACUAGUAAUUGGUCGUCAAAAUCCUAUCCUGCUGUGAAGAACUCAUCUUAUCCUAUAUUGCCAAGAAAAGGCGAGAGAAAUAUUCUAAUAACAUCUGCAUUACCCUAUGUCAAUAAUGUUCCUCACUUGGGAAAUAUUAUCGGUUGUGUACUUUCUGCUGACAUUUUUGCCAGAUAUUGUAGGCAACGAAAUUAUAAUACGCUUUUUGUUAGCGGAACUGACGAAUAUGGCACUGCUACAGAAGCCAAAGCUUUAGAAGAGAAAACAACACCGCAAGCUGUAUGCGACAAAUUUUUUGAUAUACAUAAUGAUGUAUAUAGAUGGUUUAGUAUAGGGUUUGACUAUUUCGGUCGUACUACUACACCAGAGCAAACAGAGAUCGUGCAAUCUUUUUUCUCUAGAAUAAAAUCGGAAGGAUAUGUGUUUAGCGAAACGGUAGAUCAACUUCUCUGCGAAUCUUGUGAUAGAUUCCUGGCAGAUAGAUUUGUAGAAGGCACGUGCCCAAGGUGUAAGUAUGAAGAUGCGCGUGGCGAUCAAUGCGAUGGAUGUAGUCAUUUAGUGAAUGCAACCGAGUUAAUAUCACCUCGUUGCAAAAUGUGUAGUAACAGACCAGUUGUGAAGAAGUCGGAGCAGUUUUUCUUGGAUUUACCUAAGUUAGAGGCAAAACUAAAAGAAUGGUCUGCGACUGUGGAAAAAGGAUGGUCGACCGUUGCCCGAGUAGUCUCAAAACCAUGGUUACGUGACGGUCUAAAACCUCGUUGUAUAACAAGAGAUUUAAAAUGGGGAAUUCCCGUACCAGCGAAAGGUUUCGAAAAUAAAGUGUUCUAUGUUUGGUUCGACGCACCAUUUGGUUAUAUCAGUAUUACAAAGAGAUAUACUAAAGAGUAUGAACAGUGGUGGAAACCUACGGAUGUAAAUGUUGAUUUAUACCAAUUUAUGGCGAAGGACAAUGUACCUUUUCAUACGGUAAUGUUCCCAGCUUGUCUGCUAGCAGCUAAUCAAGGUUAUACAAUAAUGAAGCAUUUAAUGGCAACGGAGUAUUUAAAUUACGAAGACACCAAAUUUUCGAAAUCCAGGGGAAUUGGAGUAUUUGGUACCGAUGCUAGAGAUACGGGUAUACCGGCUGAUGUUUGGCGAUUCUACCUUGCAUACGUUAGACCGGAAACGCAGGAUUCAAAUUUCAAUUGGGCAGAUUUAGUGACUAAGAACAAUAGCGAAUUAUUAAAUAAUUUUGGUAACUUUGUGAACAGAGCUUUGAUGUUCGCGGAAAAAUAUUUCGAUUCAAAAGUUCCACCGAUGGUACUUCAGGAAGAUGACUUAAUGCUGUUGGCGUUAGCGCAGCGCGAAUUGUCGUCUUAUAUUCAGGCUUUGGAACAAGCGAAGUUGCGAGACGGUUUGAAGCAUGUUUUAGCAAUAUCUAAGCAUGGAAACCAGUAUAUGCAGUUCCAAGAACCGUGGGUGAAAAUUAAAGGAACUGAUGAUGAUAAGAUAAGAGCUGGCACAGUGAUCGGUAUAUGUUGUAACUUAGCGUGUCUAUUGGCAGCACUACUGGCUCCAUUUAUGCCCAAUACGUCUCGCGAACUGAGAAAGCAAAUAGGAUUGGAUAGCAGCAAUUAUGGAUACAUUCCUGACAUUAUUACUAACAUACUUCCGCCAGAUCAUAAAAUUGGUAAACCCUCUCCACUGUUCAAAAAGAUUGAGGAUAAAGAUGUGGAAACAUUAAGAAAAAAAUAUAGUGGAAAACAAGAAGGAGCAAUUAAAACUAACGAAGCUAAUGAUGCGAGUUGUGAUGUGAAAUCUUUGGAAGCUGCAAUAUUGGCACAAGGCACUAAGGUCAGAGAACUGAAAUCCAAGCAUGACAAGAGCGUUUGGCAACCCGAGGUUCAGGUUCUUUUAGGCUUGAAGAAGAAGCUUGCUGAUCUCAUGGGCGGAGAAGCUAAAUCUUCUGAGCCUGGAAAAAGUAGCAAGAAUGAUAAGCCUACAGCGGUGUCUCUACCUGAACAAAAUCAAGAUGCUUCAAUCGAUGUGGUUGCUAUUGAAGCAGCUAUAGCUAAACAAGGCAAUCUGGUACGUGAAUUGAAAAGUAAAGAAGAAAAAUCCGUGUGGCAGCCCGAAGUGGAAAAACUAUUGAAACUUAAGAAACAGCUAGCAGAUCUCACUGGAGCGUCUCCAGCAUCGACUGACAAAAAGUCAAAAAAGAAGAAGUAACUUAAUUACAAAACAACUUCGGACAUCCAUUUCCCAUUGACAGAAAAUGAUCAUACUAUUUUGUAAUAAAGUUCCAUCCUUCAUUUUCUAUUACCAUACAAUUUCCUUAAAACUGCAUUCAUAUCUGUGGUAUUCCUCGUCAAAUAAUGUUAUUAACACAUUUUAUUUAAUAAAAUUAAUUUAUACAUCAGUAAAAUGAA